GCACCGGCCGAAGCAAAAGUUGAAUUGGAUUCAGAUAACCGCAUAAUUGUGACUUUGGAAGGAAACCACAAAAGUAUAGUUAUUUAGUAAGUCUAGCUGUAGAUUAAACAAUUUAGCUUAUUUUGUUUUCUUGAAGAGUCGGACUGAUGAAGAGGAUUUGUUAUAUCUCAAUGAUGUAGUUGGAAUCUGUCGAUAAUAUCCGAUAAGGACUUUUCACAAAAUAAAGUAACACCUACUGAUGGCUGGAUUUUUCCAACAACUGCGACUUUUACUCUGGAAAAAUGGCCUUGGUGUCAUCAGACAACCAGGCUGGACAGUGGCCCUUCUGGUCUGGCCGCUGGUCAUUUUCAUCAUCCUGGCCAUCACCCGCUCCCAGUUCCCUCCUCAAGCCAGGAAAACAUGCUAUGUGGCCCCAAGGAACCUUCCAAGUGCAGGAUUCUUCCCUUUCCUCCAGACUCUAAUGUGUAACACAGACAGCUCCUGCCACAGCCAGUCUCGUCUGUUUACGAAGAGCGUGAAUAGGACCAGAAGGUCAACCUGGACAAAACAUGACGCUAAGAGGAUAUCCCUGCUGCCCCCUGGAAUCUCUUUGCUAAAUGUCGGGAUGGGUGGUAGUGUACGAAGUAUGCUGGAGGAGACUGCUGAUGAACCUCAGAUCAUGGACCUCUGGGACAAAUUUCUAAAUGCCAGCCACCAAGGCAGACUAAAGAACAUGUCACUCAUGGAAGGAUUUAACAACACUCUACUGGGACACAAGGAGAAUCUGGAUGCAAUUCUGGGGUCAGUGAACAUGUUGAAAAGGUCAUUUUGCUCCUUCCUCCUGAUGGACCUCAACACGACCUACGUGUCAGACCCCCUCAAUUAUGGCCUGGCCACAUUCUGCAAGUCCAACGACACCCUGCUGGAGGUUUCACUGCUCACCAUCAACCAGGUGCUGACGGAGAUGUUCAUAAAAGACCCGGCACAGGUCCUGACCACGGUCGGCACAGCGGUGGUGGUGUUUGAGAGGCUGCAGAGUGAAACUUUACUGUGGGAAGGGCUACUGAGCCUGCCACGCCUCUUGAUGACCGACGAUAACACCCUGGAUCAGGUGCUUGGCGAGGGAGAGAGUCUGCUGGACACCAUUAACAGGACUUUAUCUGCCCUCGAAACCAGGUUUCCAGAGGCAAAUCUCUCUACCAUCUCCAUGGUGAACCCUGCUAUUGACGGAGGCAUUAACCUGCUUCAGUACAUAAGGAACUGGCAUGGCAAAGAUGUUUACAUCACCCUCGAUGAUGUCAUCACGCUGCCACCCAACGCAUCUUCGCCAGAUGUAGCAAUGGUCACCAGCCUCAAGCAGGUCAGGAUACCACUAGACCAGGCUGUGUCACUGACAAUGGACAAAGCUCUCCUGCAUUCCUACGUAUGUUCUGGAAACAUCAGUGCUGGACUUCAAGAAGCAUGCAAUGGAGAAUUAGAGCAUAUCCUGGGUUGGGUUAGUCUGGACAAGGUUGCCCAACAGACACUCCUAGCAUGGAGUAAAUAUGCUGCUCAGGAUGAUGUGGCUUUCUCCAGAGGUCUGAUCCACAGCCUGACAGGACUGUUGGUGGUCCCGGAUGACCAGGCCCCCCCCAGUAACAACAGGUUUCAGCGUAGCAGUGACUCCCAACCUCAGACCAUCAUGGAAGAGCUGUUCUUGAGUGUGGGCUCACUGGCAGCGGAGCUUCUGAAGAGCCUUCCUGGCUGGGACUACGUUCAGCUGGGCCUCACCGCUGGUCAUGCUACCAUGCAGCUGGGCACCACCGGCUUGGACACUCUAGCGGAGAUGUUGGGGAAAGUGUCAACAGACGCGCAUACCUUCCAGGACACUUUCACCUAUCUGAUGUCCAACCAGGCAAUGGCUGACAACUUCACCGGUCAGGUCGUGAACUCAGUUGUGAAGACCAUCAUGAAGGUACUAAUGGCUCAGAGACAAGUGGGUUGUGAAGAUUUGCUUGAGGAGUGGUCCUGGUUUUCUUCUCUUAGCUCCAUGGACCCCAAACUGUGGAACAUCCUCUUCUGCUCAAGUAACAACUCCCCUCUCCAAGAUGCCCUGUUGGCUGAGUGGAGUCCUGUGAUUGUCAAAGCGACUGAACUAAUAAACAUAGUUCAGGGCAAUAACACUGCCAACAUCACCCUCCCUAUGAUUCUUGCUGAGUGGCAUGCACUUACUGCCUCCUUUGCCAGUGCUGAAGAGGCAUUGGCAAACUUAACUCAUCUUAAGGAUGCUGACUAUUGGAUGGGCUGGGUACCCAUGGACAUUAAUGCUGUGAACUGGACACAGAUCCUAAUGAAACGGGGUUUGGAUGUGUUCAUUACAAUGGGCUCUCAGCUCCAGAACAGCCCACUGUGGCCAUCAGUGGAGUCGUACUUCCAUAUAGCCAACUGGAUCAUGAACUAUCAGUCCAACAUCACUGCUCCACCAAACUGUACAAUUGAUCCUAACACAUAUGGCCCUGUUUGCAAGACUGGGUUUACCUGGACAACGUUUGUCUCAACAUCUGCUGCUCUGAUGCAGGAGUUUUCAGCUAAUCCUGCUUCACUGUUGAAGCAUGUCCAGGGAUCGUUGUCUUUCCUAGAGGCCUUCUAUGGAAACAAUGCCACAGGCAACGUCACUCAACUACUCAGCUCUGGGCUGGUCUCAACGGAUGGCUCUGUCCCAGCUCUCCUGGAGAACCUGAUCACUAACCUAAACAGGAAAUACGCACUUAUCUCCAACGUCACAUCCCUGGAAGAGUUCAGCACCAAUCACCAGUUGCCUUUCUCCUUUCUGGGUGAGAUGUUAGAGGCUCUGGGUCUGAAUCCUCUGAAUGGCCUGUGGAUCCAGGGAGAUGGAGCCCAGGCCCUCAACGCCACAUCUGUGAUGACUAUUGCUCUGGAGGUGGCCAGGAACACUCAGCAUCUUGUCACCGGGCUCCCCAUUGACAACAGCAACACACCAGACCUGGCCAGACUAGAAGCUCUGCUGAUGCAAUGGCUGUCUGUUGCCCAGGGGAACCUGACCCAUCCGCUGUCUUUCAGAAUGGGAGACACUCAGGACACCUACUCUGGCUCUUUGAACGCCUCCUCCCUGGUGUUCCUCAAACAGCUGCUUCAUCCUCUCACUAACCAGACCUCAGCCGGCUUCACCGACAACAUUCUGCAGGCCAUGGACAAGCUGAAAACUUUACUUGAUGCUCCAGAUGGUGACCCGACACCUAUUCUCCUGGGCUACGUGAUCCAGCUAAAGGAAUUAAUGGUCUCGACCCUACACCUACACAGGUAUGAGCAGCUCCUGCCACCAAAUGGAAACCUUACCACAGCUCAGGUGACAGAACUGCACCUAGUUGUGUUGGACCUCUUCCAGCUCCUCUCCAACUCAUCCAUCCAGCAGCUUAGCCAGGCUGAGCGGCAGGCUACUCUUCAGGUCCUACUGCAGAGGCUUGCCGCCCUGCUACCCCAACAGCUCCAACCCCAGUACCUGGAGAUGGUCCGCCACUUCCAGGCUGUGACGGAGAGCUGGGUGUCCUGUACUGGGGCAGGCCACAACUGCACGGCUGAAGUCCCUCAGGUGUUCCAGAUCUUUAUAGGGGCGGUUGAGGCUCUGAUCACAGCCAAUGGGGACUACGUGUUCAACGGGGGCCCUGCUAACACCAGCAUGCCGAGUCAGGAUUCCAUAAAUGUGACGGUCAACCUGCUCGCUCUCCUCUUCGCCUGGCGUGAUGCUGACAUAUCUCAUAACAUGUCUGCCAUGCCAGAGUCUGUCCUCAAGAUUAUGCCACAGACUGCCCACUUCCUCCAGCAGAUCAUUUUCACACCCAACAUCAGUGUUUCCUCUAUCCGGCAAGCUAUGCUACAGUCCAAUCUUACCCUGGGGGAACUAGAGAAGAUUGCUACCCUGGCAAGAGCCACCAACGCACCAUCUCACCUGGCUAGUGUAUUGCGCGUCAUCAACGUGCAAACGUGUCUGGAGCCCCAGCCCAACAAACCCUUCAGCCCAGCACAGUGUGCAAUGGAGCUGAGUCAGAGCAUCACCAGUUUUAUCCUGGCACUCCCCUUGCCUCCAGGAAGUCAAUCCAACUAUACUGCACUCAUCUGUCUUUUGCCGAUCCUGGUCAACCACUCUGUGAGUAUUGACCUUCCUGCCGGUUCAGGCCCAAGCCCACUUUUAAUAUCAACAGAGGCCAUCACAAUCACCAUAAACAGCAUCAGGAAGAAUGUGCAGCAUCUCAACCUGUCGUCUGUGGAGCUCAUCAGCAACGAGCUCCAUGUGCUUGAAAUGUUGAUCCAACUGGCUGCUACUGAACAUUCUCCAGUCUAUACACUUAACUCCACUUACCCGCUAAUGCAGGAUCUGUUUAAUGCUCAGACGGUGUAUUUGGAGAUAGCACAGUGGUACCUGAUAAAGCUAAAGAAUGUGACCGGCUACAGCACCUUCUCAAAACUUCUGGAACCUUUCUUCCAAAUGGCAGAGAUGCAGCUGUCUCUCCAACUCUCUCAGGCUGAAAUUACCACCCUUAUAAGUAAAGAGGUUGAACACUUAAUAAGAUGUAUCCAGUACCCCAUCAAUGGAACAGAAUUAAGUACUAUUGGCCAAUCGGUCACCAGGAUAGUGAAGGAGAACCUGGAGCUGUUAAAGUUAAACAUUGCCUACCAAGUGACUAUGGGGAAUCAAAACCAAACCUUGAUAAAUGAGGUAGAUGCUAUGAUCAGUAAUGAGCUCCCUGUGUUUGAGGGUUUGGUCCAACUGGCCACCUCUGAACAGUCUCCAGUCUACUCACUCAAUUCCACUGACCCACUGAUGCUGGACCCUAUAAACGCACAGAAGGUUUAUUUGGAAAUGGCACAGUGGUACCUGAAGGGGCUACAGAAUGUGACCAGCAACAGUACCUUCUCAAAACGUCUUGCCCCUAUCUUCCAAAUGGCAGACAUACAGCUGUCUCUUCAAAUCUCUCAGGCUGAAAUGACCACCCUCAUAAGUAACGAGGUUGAAAACUUAAUAAGAAGUAUCCAGCACCCCAUCAACGGAACAGAAAUAAGUAGAAUUGGCCAGUCUGUCACCAGGAUAGUGAAGGAGAACCUGAAGCUGUUAAAGUUAAACAUUGCCUACCAAGUGACUAUGGGGAAUCAAAACCAAACCUUGAUAAAUGAGGUAGAUGCCAUGAUCAGUAAUGAGCUCCCUGUGCUUGAGGGUUUGGUCCAACUGGCCACCUCUGAACAGUCUCCAGUCUACUCACUCAAUUCCACUGACCCACUGAUGCUGGACCCUAUAAACGCACAGAGGGUUUAUUUGGAAAUGGCACAGUGGUACCUGAGGGAACUACAGAAUGUGACCAGCAACAGUACCCUCUCAAAACUUCUUGCCCCUAUCUUCCAAAUGGCAGACAUACAGCUGUCUCUUCAAAUCUCUCAGGCUGAAAUGACCACCCUCAUAAGUAAAGAGGUUGAAAACUUAAUAAGAAGUAUCCAGUACCCCAUCAACGGAACAGAAAUAAGUAGAAUUGGCCAGUCUGUCACCAGGAUCGUGAAGGAGAACCUGGAGCUGUUAAAGUUAAACAUUGCCUACCAAGUGACUAUGGGGAAUCAAAACCAAACCUUGAUAAAUGAGGUAGAUGCCAUGAUCAGUAAUGAGCUCCCUGUGCUUGAGGGUUUGGUCCAACUGGCCACCUCUGAACAGUCUCCAGUCUACUCACUCAAUUCCACUGACCCACUGAUGCUGGACCCUAUAAACGCACAGAAGGUUUAUUUGGAAAUGGCACAGUGGUACCUGAAGGGGCUACAGAAUGUGACCAGCAACAGUACCUUCUCAAAACUUCUCAACCCUUUCUUCCGUAUGGCAGAGAUGCAGCUGGAUCUUCAACUUUUUGAGACUGAAUUCACCAUCUUUGUUACCAAAGAGGUUGGGGACUUCAUGAGAAGCAUGCCUUACUCAAUCAAUGAAACAGACAUUAUUCAAAUCAGCCAGUCCAUCAUCAUGACACUCAAUGACAACCUAGAUGUGUUAAAAUGUAACUUUGCUUACCACAAGGUUUUGCAGAACUCUUUUGAGCAAUUAAACUGGCUAAACAGCAGCUUUUUAAGUGAACUUGAAAACCAGGUCAGGAGUUACCUGAACAUGACAGAGGAUUGGCUAAGAGACCCAAACAGGACCCAGGUUAUCACCAAUAUGCUAUAUUGGAACACAAGUGGUUGGGGGAUGAAUGUGACAACUCUUGGAAUGGACUUCCAGCAACUUUUCCAGACACUUGGCUAUUUCCUCUCCCCAGAGCAACAGGCUUACCUCACAACCAUCCAACAAAACAGCCAGGUUCUCAACCAGGUUCUGUUGGUGGCCAGUCACAAUGGAGGUCUAAGUAGUGACCAGUUCAUCCAGGCCAUCAUGGAUGCAGCCAGUAUCGUCCUCAACAGCUUCACAAUGGGUCUAGAACCGGAGAAUGUCACUGCAGAGAUCCUGGGUAUACUACGGGGUGCUCUCCACCUUGCACUCAGACCUGAAAUGAGCUAUGUCCAGUCGCUAAACAUCACCAUGGAGAUCAUUAGGACAGCGGAGAACAUGGUUAGGAGGCUGGUUCCCCAGAAGGCUGCUGGGUUUCUGUUGCCAGUGUUCAGGUUCACAAGGACCUACCUAGAGAAUGUUUUGACACCUGGAGGUCCUGAUAAGUGGAAUGAGAUCAUUGUGAACGAGCUGAAGAUGGUUCAAGGCCUGUUGACCCCUAACAGCAGUUCCCAGGACGAUCUUUCCGUCAUCAUGAACAUUGCUCAUUUCAUACUGGACUCCAGCCAAAGCCAAGGUAGCAACUUGGGUCAUUGGAACAAUAGAAGCAUUUGGAGAAACACACGUCCACAGAGCAAUAUGAGUCUAUGGACAAACAUGGGGAAUGAUAUGACCACUGAAAACCUAGCAGAAAUUGCUAGUCAAAUGAAUGAUCUCCUGAAGUCAGUGUUACCAAUGAUCAUCAGGCAGCAGGGUAUCAUGCCUUUUUCUCUGCUGUCUCCUGGAGUGUUCUCUGACAUCCACCCUGUGCUGAUGCAGAUUCUAACUCAGCCGGCUAACCAAAGUAGCUGGGACAGGUUGGAGGGGAUGCUUGGGGACCUCUUGUCAUCCCUUAGGGAUACCCCAGUGUGGGACUCAGUCCCGCCUGCUGUCUCUGUGAUGAGACAAGUCACAGAAACCUUGGUCAACAACAUGCAAGCUGAGACAGAAUUCAUCUUUAGUUUUCAGAAGCCUCUGACUGCCUUAAUGACAGAGCUUCCACAGGUGGUGAAUGCCAGUCAUUUCAACAUUGCUAACGUGUCUGUGAGAAUGCCUCAAGCCAUCCAGCUCACAGUGGAAGCUGCCAUGCAGGCUGCUAAUGAGAGUAAGACCUUGGAGUGCAGGCAGGUCCUAAAAGCCUGGGAGCCAGUUAGAGAGGCGGCUGGCCUGAGUGAGUCCAGUCUGGCCUUAUGGUGUAACAUCAGCCUGCUACCAGUCAUGGAGGCAUAUGCUACAUCCCACUACAUCUAUACCUCUUUGAACAUGACUGUAAUGGGGAAUGGGACAGAAUCAGUGAAAACUACAGCAGCAGAGAUCGUGGCGGCUCUGCGUUCGUUCUACUGGGUUCAGGUUAACCACACCACAGUUUCUAAACAGCUUGGUGAGGCCCUGUACGACACCUUUUUCCAGCUAAAUAUGACCACAGAGGACCAGGCUGACUGGAAUGCACGGUUCCUUCAACUACAACUCAGUCAGAGUACCCAGGGCCUCAGAAUGGCCUUAGAGCAGUUGGAUGGCCUUGCCCUUGACAACCCCUUGGUGAGAUCCUACCUCCUGGCUGUUGAGAUGACCCUGAACUACACCGUGGAGAAGAGCUAUCUACUCCAGAAUUCCACCUCUGUCCAAGUUGUGUUAAUGGACGCCUUGGAGAUCCUACUAACAGGCAUGAACUUCACCCAGAACCAGGGACUGUGGAUGCGUCCCUACCUCCAAGCCGUGGACAUGGUCAUGAAUUACACUGUGGACUACGAACAACUGCUCCAGAACCGUUCCACCGCCCAGCAUCUCCUGAUGGAAGCCCUAGAGAUGAUCCUCACCAGCACAAACCUCACCCAGGACUCCAUCCAAGCCAUACUCACAGGUUUGAACUUCAACCAGGACCUCGGAGUGUGGAUCCGUCCCUACCUCCAAGCCAUGGAGAUGGCCAUGAACUACACCGUGGACUACAGCCAGCUGCUCCAGAACCAUAAUUCCGCCCAACAGCUCCUGAUGGAAGCCCUAGAGAUGAUCCUCACCAGCACAAACCUCACCCAGGACUCCAUCCAAGCCAUACUCACAGGUUUGAACUUCAACCAGGACCUCGGAGUGUGGAUCCGUCCCUACCUCCAAGCCAUGGAGAUGGCCAUGAACUACACCGUGGACUACAGCCAGCUGCUCCAGAACCAUACCUCCGCUCAACAGCUCCUGAUGGAAGCCCUAGAGAUGAUCCUCACCAGCACAAACCUCACCCAGGACUCCAUCCAAGCCAUACUCACAGGUUUGAACGUCAACCAGGACCUCGAAGUGUGGAUCCGUCCCUACCUCCAAGCCAUGGAGAUGGCCAUGAACUACACCGUGGACUACAGCCAGCUGCUCCAGAACCAUAAUUCCGCCCAACAGCUCCUGAUGGAAGCCCUAGAGAUGAUCCUUACCAGCACAAACCUCACCCAGGACUCCAUCCAUGCCAUACUCACAGGCAUGAACUUCAACCAGGACCACGGAGUGUGGAUCCGUCCCUACCUCCAAGCCAUGGAGAUGGCCAUGAACUACACCGUGGACUACAGCCAGCUGCUCCAGAACCAUACCUCCGCCCAACAGCUCCUGAUGGAAGCCCUAGAGAUGAUCCUCACCAACACAAACCUCACCCAGGACUCCAUCCAGUCCAUACUCACAGGCUUGAACUUCACCCAGGACCAGGACUUGUGGAUGCGUCUCUACCUUCAAUCCAUGGACAUGGUCAUGAACUACACCAUGGACUACAAACAACUGUUCCAGAGCCGUACCUCCGCCCAACAGCUCCUGAUGGAAGAACUAGAGAUGAUCCUCACCAACACGAACCUCACCCAGGACUCCAUCCAGUACAUACUCACAGGCAUGAACUUCAACCAGGACCAGGACUUGUGGAUGCGUCUCUACCUCCAAUCCAUGGACAUGGUCAUGAACUACACCAUGGACUACAAACAACUGCUUCAAAACCCCCUCUACACCCAGCAGCUCUUGAUGGAAGCCCUUGAGAUGAUCCUCACCAACACAAACCUCACCCAGGACUCCAUCCAAGCCAUAAUCACGGGCAUGAACUUUACCCAGGACCAGGACCUGUGGAUGCCUCUCUUCCUCCAAUCUGUGGAGAUAGUCAUGAACUACACCAUGAACUACAGCGAGCUGCUCCAGAACGAUAGCUAUACCAAACAGCUCCUGAUGGAAGCCCUAGAGAUGAUCCUCACCAGCACAAACCUCACCCAGGACUCCAUCCAAGCCAUUCUCACAGGGGACAUCUUCUCCAGGCCAGACAGAGGGUUGAUUAACAAAUUGCUGAAAGACAUAGUCAGGGAGCUUGUCCGUGUACAGCUUCUGGGAGACUGGCCUAUGGUGUAUGGCUUCAUGGAGCAGCUCUUAUCUGACGAUGCCCCCAUGCUCAUCCUAGAGAAGGCUAUUGAGUUUAGCAGCUGGUGGGGUUCUACUAAUGCCACUGGGUUUGACGUGGUAACCCAGGCACUGCCCAGGAUAUACGAGAUGGUGAAGGCCUUCAUCUCCAGCGUCCACCUACCUCCCAUCUCUGAAAUGUUUGUGGAGAUAGCGGAGAACGUCAUUUCCGUCCUGAGACAGCUAUCCCAGACGAGUGAUCUCUUCUCUCCGCUGGAUUACUACCUGAGGCAAUUACAUGAUGAAAUGACCGGGCGGAGUAAGACUCCCUUCCUUGACCAUCAGGAGGGCGUGUCUAGACGUGUCCGCCGUGAGCUGACGAGGGAGGUUCCAUUAAGAGAACCAAUGGAUGACUUCCUGGAUCUGUUCUACUUGGACUACUCUGUCUUGUUCCGGGCCCUGGCUAUACCACCCACCAUGCCAGAUAUCAUGGAGAUCGCACAUAUGUUCUUUGCCAACGCCGACCUGUCUGCGGUGCUGAAAGGGUUCUCCAGGGACAUGAUCAUGGUACCACCAAGCACUGGGAACAUUUCCAUGUCCAGUGCUGGAGCAUUGACAUGGGGUCCCGCAGUUCCCUCUGUUCAGACUCCUCUGGACGAACCAAUUGAUGUAGCCCUUGGCAUCCUUUCAUACCUCACCCUUCCGAGCCAGUGGAAGACAUAUGGUCAACUGUUCAUGGAGAUAGCCCAUGAAGACUGGAGCAUAAUGGACUUGGGCGAAUUACAGAGGCUCUCAUCCGGCCUGGGUGAUAUAGUGGAGCUGGCCAUUGUGCUGUCCCAGCAGCCCCUGUUAGAGGUCACCCAUCGGGUUGAGCGUAUAGUGAGGCGGCUAGGCACAGAGGUGGCUGGAAUCGUCUACAGCAGCCCCAACAAUGGGUCUAAUAGGUCCAUUCAGUUUCUCACCGCCCUUAACAACAUUGUGGCUGAUAACCUUGAAGAGGCUUCUGAAUUCACAUCCCAGUUCAAAGCCACCAUUCACAACAUCCUCAACUCUGUUUCCAGACCAGGAGCUUACAUCAGCCUGGAUCCUUACAUGAUGGCUCUAGAACAGACAGUUGGUGCAUUGGAUUCCUACCUAUCCACGGACAGCUUGAUGUACCUCAACACCUCUAGCCAGAUGGUGAAAGGCUUUGCGCUGCUAGUUGCACACCCACAGGACUUAGUGAAGAUGACGAAGGCUGUAGGCAUAAUAUCUGACUCUCUUGACCAUUUUCUGGCCUUUGUCGGUGACACAAACCUUCCAGACGGAAGGUCCAUUCAGAUCAUUAUCCAUCCUCUCCUUCUGAACAGCGCCUUAUCCACUUACACCCUGUUCAACAUCACAAAUACCACCCACUUCUUCAGCAGCCCUCAAGAGAAAGAGGCAGUGAUUAACCAAACGUUCCGUGCACUGGUGGACUUUUUGCCUGAGGACCAGAGGAUUUACACCCUCCCUCUAGAGCCAGCCCUCCUCACUGCCCUCUCUGGGGUCUCCAACACCACCCAGAUCCCUUCAGCUUUCCCGAGGAUUUCUGAGGAGGUGAUCCGGUCGAUCUUGACGAUGCUCAACCUUACCAACACCCAAGCAGGUUUCCAGGGAGCCAACACUAGUGCAAUGACCGAGGCCUUAGUUGAAGUGUCCCAACAGGUCAGCAACAGCAUCUGGCAGGGUUUUUCCACACCUCCGUCAGCCAGAUGUGUGCCAUCGCUCCUGUCUUUGAACCAAGCUGUCAUGGCUUUGGUGUCGCUGGUGCCCAAGGGUAGUGAAGAGAACCUCAACAUCUCUCUUCGUGUCCUGCACAUCACGACCACCGCUAUCAACUACACAGCCACCACCGGAGACAUAGCUGGUGCAACGGCUGUCAUCUCCAGCUCGGUUCAGAGGCUCUUGGCCUCUUUAUCAUCAUACCCUAGCCUGCAGACCACAGGCAGUAUCAUAGCUGACCUGGAACAGACCAUUCAGAAGAUGUUAGCGGUGUUACAGUCAGGGCGAAGCUACGUGUCCAGAACUGCUGAUGUCACCCAGCUACUUUUCCAUAAUGUCCAGGGUCUCUUGGGCCUAGCUAACAAUAGCAACGAGACCAGCCUGGCUCAUCUGGUGCUGGAUGCAGCUAAGCUGAACAUGGAAAACCUGCUGACGAUGAACGAGACUAACUGGACACACAGGUUAUCAAUGGUUCUGACAGACGUGGCAAAGAAUGUCACCCGCAUAGCCCAAAAUGCUUCUGCCCAUCAUAAAACAAAAAGGGAUUUAGGUGCUCAACUGAGCGACUUGAAAAGACUAAAUUCAUCCCUGACAAAGGAACACUUGAACAGGCUAACUUCGGUUCUGACAGACAUAGCUAACGGGAUUCCUGUGGAUCUUCCCUACGCUCUCCUCAUAAAGAACAUUACAAUGGGCCUGGCCAAUGAAUCACAACAGAAUCUCUAUCUCAUGCUUCAGACUGUCCGGUUAGGGUCCAAACUCCUCAACAGCAGCUGGUCCGAUGAAACCUUCGGCAGCAAACUAGGCCAACUGACUUCUAAGGUGUGCACUCUGGAGCAAAUGGACAGCAACAAGCAGUUGAUGCUGGCUCUGUCUCUUGACUCUGGGUUCCUGUGUAAGACUUUCAUGCCAACCAUUCAGGCCCUCCGGGUUAUGGCCAAGAGCGUGUUAAAGGACAACACUGACCUGUACAACGUUCUGUUUGAUACGUUCGUAGGAGACCCCAACACCUACAACAUCAACACCAACUGGACUGAUACAUUCACCGAGAUAUUUGGCCUGAACUUCAGCAGCCUGAGCACACUAAACAUCAAAAUGACCCUUCCAGGUGUGGUAAAAGUGUCAGAGCUCCUGAGGAACAAGACAGCGUUUGCUUUGGAGGUCCAGCGUUUCACUGACAUCACACCUGAGAUCCUCCACCUGAUGAUGGAGACCGUCAUUCCCAACAGUAACCUCCAGAUCCUAGCGUGGCUGACUAGCAUGCGCCACUGCAAAGACCCAACCAGCCUGCAGAUGAACAGCACAGAGCAGCUCCUCUUCCAGGUCUUCUGCCACCUGCCAGUUAACCAGUGGUACAACUUCUUGAUCAUCGUGGCUCGCUACACCCACUUGGAGAGUGUGGCAUUCAAGCUGAUGCUGUCAAGUGAGAUGCAAGGCACGGUGGGGCUCCUCCUGCAGAUGGUCAAGUUCCUGACUGAUAUGAUGGGCAAGAUGCUUCCAGCCAUCUCCCACCUGCAGGACCACCUCCUCUCCAUACGAGAUCUCAACCUUGUCUCUGACCCGGAGUUCCAACAGAUGGUGCACGGUCAAACCAGCUCCAUGUCCAGUAAGGCCACGUUUAUCACCGUGACCAGAGCAUUGUGUAGCCACGGCAUCAUGUCCCUGUUCGGCAUCUCCAAGCUGCCCAACAUGAUGGGGUCAGACCCCUCCACGCAGAGGGAACACAGGAUGGAUGAGCUGAUCGACAAGUUCAAGAUCCCUCGCAAUGCCACUCCUUUCUGCAUGAACCUCUACUUGGACAUGGUGAAUACUACGGGAGGAGCCAUAGCCUGGGCCUUCCUCAAGCCCAUGCUGCUGGGACAGGUCCUCUACAGCCCAGACACACCGCUCACCAGAGCCAUCAUGGAGAAGUCCAAUGCCACACUGCAACAGUUUGCCAGCCUGAAGAUGUACUCUCAGGAUUGGCUCCAGUCCUCUUCCUAUGUAAUGGAGUCAGCCAAGAUACUGACUAAAACCCUGCCAAUGCUCCAGAAUUCCCUUGCCAAUUCCUUUGUUCAGAAUUUCAUUGCGAUGCAGACAGGCAUCGAUGUGGGCCAGAUGAAAGAUACUCUGAAAAACUUUUCUAACAUGACAACCCUCUUGGAGAAGAACAAGAACAUUGUGACCCAGAUCACCACUCUGUCCAACCUGAUGAUGAACCUGUCUUCCUGUAUUAACUUUGACCGCUUCCAUGGUCUCAACUCUACUGAUGAGCUUAAUGCCAGGGCUGAACACCUCACCCAGACAAGAGACCUCUAUGCCAGUAUCCUCUUUAAGCUGCCCAAGGAUAAUGACGAUGAAUCAUCCAGGAAGCGACGUGACGCCCCUGGCUCCUCCUCCUCCACGCUGCCUCCCAAGGUGGACUACACCAUCCGCAUGUCCAUCGAGAACUCCAUGCGUACCGACCGCACGCGCAACCCUUUCUGGAUAAAGGACCCCUACAUCUCCUCCAUGAACACCCUGCGCUACAACCGGGGCUUUGUAUACCUUCAGGAGAGCAUCGACCGGGCCAUCAUAGAGACCCAGACAGGACAGCAGGUCACUGAGCCGGCUGUCCAGGUACAGGCCUUCCCUUAUCCCUGCUAUAUGAAGGACGAGUACCUAAACAGCAUCUCCUUCGUCUUCCCCCUGGCCUUGAUGGUUGCCUGGGUUCUGUUCAUCGCUAACUUUGUCAAGAAGUUGGUUCAUGAGAGAGAGCUCAGACUCCAUGAGUAUAUGAAAAUGAUGGGGGUCAAUCCCAUGAGCCACUUUUUCGCAUGGUUCAUAGAGAGCGCCUGCUUCCUCAUCGUCACCAUCAUCAUCCUCACCUUUAUACUUAAAGCAGGACAAAUCCUACCCAAAAGUGACGGCUUCCUGCUCUUCCUCUACCUCUCUGACUAUGGACUCAGCAUCCUGGCCAUCAGUUUCCUGGUGAGCUCCUUCUUUGACCAGACCAACAUUGCGGGUUUGAGUGGCAGCCUCAUCUACCUGAUCAGCUUCUUCCCAUUCAUCAUAGUGAUGUCGAUGGAGAACUCGCUAUCGUUCUUCACCAAGAGUGCACUGAGUUUGUUUGCCCCCACCUGUUUCAGCUACGCCAGUCAAUACAUCUCUCGCUACGAGAUCCAGGGAGAAGGUAUCCAGUGGAGCAACCAGUACACCUCACCCCUGGCUGACGACAAGUCGUCUUUUGGCUGGCUGUGUUGGCUUCUCCUCAUUGACUCACUUUGCUAUUUCAUCAUUGGAGCCUACAUCCGGCUGGUCUUUCCAGGAAAGUAUGGCAUCGCUAAGCCUUGGUACUUCCCGGUGAUGCCCUCGUUCUGGACUGGGAUGUUCUGCUGCUGCAGUGAAAGCCCUAAGAAGGUCAACAGGGGACUGCUCUUCGCCAACAUCUUGAAGAGUAACAUCUCCGUCUUCCCCGAUGAGAUGAAUGACAAAGCUAAGGACAGCUCCCCCUCUCAUAUGGAAGAGGAGGUAUCUGGUCUUCCUGUGGGCGUGGCACUCUAUGGGCUCACCAAGACCUAUGGGGACCGAGCGGCCAUUGAAAACCUGAGUGUUAAAUUCUAUGAGGGACAAGUGACUGCUCUGCUGGGACACAACGGAGCUGGCAAGACCACUACCAUGUCUCUGCUCACUGGUCUGUUUGCCCCCUCCUCUGGCACCAUUGAGGUGUACGGGAAGGAUAUGGGGAGGAACAUUGAUGACGUCCGCCAGGAGCUGGGUGUGUGCAUGCAGUACGACGUCCACUUUGACCAUAUGACCGCAAAGGAACACCUCCUCCUCUAUGGACAGAUGAAGGCACCCCACUGGUCACCAAGGGAACUGCAAGACCAAGUUCGCAAGAUCCUGGAAGAGACAGGCAUGUACUCCCACAGGCACAAGAGGGUGGGCACUCUGUCCGGAGGCAUGAAGAGGAAGCUGUCAAUUUCCAUUGCCUUCAUCGGGGGCUCUCGCUUGGUUGUCCUGGAUGAGCCCACCACUGGGGUUGACCCCUGCUCUCGACGCUCCAUCUGGGACAUCAUCAUCCAGCACAAGAAACACCGCACCAUCAUCUUGUCCACCCAUCACCUGGAUGAGGCUGAGGUACUGAGUGACCGUAUAGCCUUCCUGGAGAGAGGAGGCCUGAAAUGUUGCGGCUCACCCUUCUACCUGAAAGACAAGCUCGCCCGGGGUUACAACCUCACGCUCACCAAGAAGGUCCACGCGCCUCAUUCCGGGGAGAGGUUUGACAGUGCCGAGGUCAAGGCCUUCAUCCAGUCCUACAUGCCGGAUGCUCGUCUGAAGGAGGGUGACAUAGGGGACCAGGUCUACUCCCUUCCCCCCUUUAGCUCCUCAAACGCCGAGUCCUACCGCUCCCUGCUGUCCAGCCUCGACUCGAACCUGGAACGUCUGCAGCUGGGCUGCUACGGCAUCUCCGACACCACCCUGGAGGAGGUGUUCCUCCAACUGACUCAAGAUGACACUGAAGCGGCUGAAGAUAAGCCGUACUCUGUUUGUGGGUCCACGUCGGACCUCUCCGCAUCCAGAGACAGCUUGCCGGAGGACCUUCAGAGCAACUCCAGCUUUGGAGACAAAGCUAGUCUGACGGGCUCGUCCGAAGUGCAUGGCCUGGCCCUGAUCUGGCGGCAGAUGGUGGCGAUGUUGAUCAAGAGGGUUCACCACUCCCGACGAGACUGGAAGGGUCUCCUGUCCCAGGUGGUUUUACCGGUCCUGUUCGUUUUCAUGGCCAUGGGUCUGGGCUCCAUCAGGAGCGAUUUGCAAAACUUCCCGGAGAUGGAGCUGUCGCCCGCCCUCUACAACAAAGGACCACAGUACUCGUUCUUCAGCAACCAGAAUGCAAACUCCAGCAACCUGGUCAACACGAUGAUGUCCUUCCCUGGGAUUGAUAAUGGUUGCCUGACCAACCCUGAUAAACCGGUGUGUACAAGAAACACAAAUUCUGACAGCUGGGAAACUAAAGGAGACAGUUCAGUGCCAUUCAAGUCCUGCAAUUGCACCAGUAAUGAACAGGUGUGUGUGAAUAAUCAAUACCAGCCUCCUCAUAAGACAAACCCCUCGUCCCAGAUAGUCUAUAACCUGACCGGCAUCAACGUGGAGAACUACCUGGUGUCAACAGCCAAUAACUACAUCCGGAACAGAUACGGAGGCUUCGAUUUCGGGGAUCCCCUACCGACCAGUCUCCAGAUGGACCUCUUGGACGUACCCAUGAACCGGACCCUUUCCAAGGUCUGGUACAAUCCUGAGGGUCACCAUACCAUGCCUGCAUACCUAAACAGCCUCAACAACUUCAUCCUACGUACCAGCCUUUCAGCCGGCAAGGACCCAAAGAAAUACGGCAUCUCUGUGUCCAGUCAUCCUUACCCUGGUGAGGUACAAGAAGAAGAUGCUAUAGUGCAAGGCGUGGUCCAUAUCCUGGUGGCCCUGUGUGUUCUGACCGGUUACUCCAUUAUGACGGCUAGCUUUGUGAUCUACGAGGUCCAGGAGCACCACAGCGGCUCCAAGAGAUUGCAACACAUCUCUGGGAUAGGAGAACCCUUCUACUGGGCUAUCAACUUCUUCUAUGACAUGGCCUUCUAUAUGAUCCCUGUGGCUCUCUCAGUCGCCACAGUAGCGGCCUUCCAGAUCCCGUUCUUAACAGACAAGCAGAACCUUGCUGCCGUGAGUCUGCUGCUCGUCAUGUUCGGGUUUGCCACCUUCCCUUGGAUGUACCUGCUUUCAGGGAUCUUUAAAGAUGCAGAGAUGGCAUUUAUCAGCUACGUGUGCAUUAACCUCUUCAUCACCAUCAACACCAUCAUCUCCACCUCCAUUAUGUACUUCCUGGGACAACUAAAUGAGAACAAUGAGAGCAUCCACGAAGUGUACCGCAUCCUGUGCUACGUGUUCCUGAUCUUCCCUCAGUUUAGUUUCGGGAAUGGCCUGAUGGAGCUGGCCCGGGUUGAUAUGCAGGUUCAGAUACUCGAUGUGUACGGCAUAGACGCCUAUAAGAACCCCUUCGCUAUGGACAUGCUGGGCUGGAUGUUCAUCUCCCUCUUCCUGCAAGGCUUCAUCUGCUUCACCCUACGUCUGCUACUCAACAAGUGGCUCAUGCGUAAAGCCAGGAGCCUGUUCUUCCAGAGGAAGGCAGUUUCCGAGACGGUGACAAUGGAUGAGGAUGAGGAUGUGGAGGCAGAGCGCCGGCGCAUGACCAGCGGGGCUGCCGUCACGGACCUGCUGCAAGUCAACCAGCUGACCAAGGUCUACCAACACAUGUCAAAGAAGAUCCAGGCUGUCAAAAGUUUGUCUGUGGGCAUUCCUGCUGGGGAGUGUUUUGGUCUACUGGGAGUGAAUGGAGCAGGGAAGACCACCACGUUUAAGAUGCUGACUGGAGACAUCAGUCCUACUGAUGGGACAGCCAAGAUCAAGGACUGGGAUGGGAGAAUGGUGGACAUCAUUAACUGUCGUAACGAAGGAAUCAAUAUUGGCUACUGUCCCCAAGUUGAUGCCCUGGAUGGCCUGCUGACAGGGGAGGAACACUUGUACUUCUAUGCCCGAAUUCGAGGCAUCGCCAACAGGGACAUGGACCAGGUGGUGAGUUACUUGCUGAAGAAGCUGGAGCUGGGGUACCACAGACAUACAAUCACAGACAGUUACAGCUGUGGAACCCGUAGGAAGCUCUCGACUGCCCUGGCACUCAUAGGACACCCACACAUACUGCUUCUGGAUGAGCCUAGCUCAGGUAUGGACCCCCGCUCAAAACGUCACCUGUGGAAGAUCAUUUCAGAGGAAGUCAAGGGGAAGUGUGCUGUGGUUCUUACAUCUCACAGUAUGGAGGAGUGUGAGGCUCUGUGUACACGUCUGGCCAUUAUGGUAAAGGGUCAGUUCAGGUGUCUGGGCUCCCUGCAGCACAUCAAGAACAGGUUUGGCAGCGGAUUCACAGUGAAAAUGUACCUGGCAGUGUCUUCCUGUGAUGUGGAGGUUAUCACCAAUUUCAUGCAGCAUCACUUUCCCAGCACAUACCUCAAGGACCAGCAUUCGUCCAUGGUUGAGUAUCAUGUGCCUGUGGCACCUGGUGGUGUGGCAGACAUCUUUGACCAGCUGGAAUCCAACAAGGUGCCUCUGCAGAUCAAGCACUUCUCUGUCAGCCAGACAACCCUGGAUGAGGUCUUCAUCAACUUUGCCAUGGGAAAGGGUGGCAUGGAGAUCAUCCCAAUCCACAGCGAAGAAGGUUCUGAAGCAGAUAGCAUUAGCCUUGAAUCCAUUGGAGCCUCAGACACUUAGCUUUUGCGGCCAUCUUGUCUACAUGUCUGUCUGUUUGAACACACAUUGAAAGAAGAAAAACAUUUGAGCUGGACUGAACAAAUUUAAAGAACUCUAUAUUUUAAUAACAAUAUAUGGAAAUGAACCUUUAAUAAUUUUAUUUUGCUUUGGAUUGCUGCUUUCCUCAGAUUGUCAAAUUACCUGUAUAAUCUUGUGAAGGAUAACUUAUGAAGUCACUUUGGACUGUUAUACUGAACAGGCUUUUCCUCAUGUUGUUUCAUCAGUAAAUGGCACUCAUAGAGAUGUUAAACAUUCUAAAAUGUUACAUUGAUCCUCAACUGUUGACCAUGACCAAUGAACAAAAGUGCAAUUAUCUGUUUACUUGUCACAAACAAAAUGAAAAUUACACCUAAGAUAAAAAAAAUUGUAAUGUUUAUCUAAAUUCGAACUACUGUGGUGAAGGCACUGCACUUUAGCAACAGGAGAGAUAAACAUUCUUCCCACACUCUGCA